CCAGAACGAAGACGAGGACGUCGCGGCCGAGCGCAGAAGCGUGCUCGAGAGUGAGGCGCGGCAGAGAGACCUCGUACGCGUCGAGAACCUGAGCAAGGUGUACUCAAAUGGCAAGGUGGCGGUGCGCAACAUCACCUUCGGCGUCCGCCCCGGCGAGGUCUUCGGCUUCCUCGGCACGAACGGUGCUGGUAAGACGACGACGAUUUCGAUACUUUGCCAGGAGAUUCACCCGACAGCUGGCCGCGCGUCCAUCUGCGGCAACGACAUCGUGAUGGAGAGCCGAGAAGCGCUGCGGUGCAUCGGGUACUGCCCGCAGUUCGACGCAUGCCUGGACCUGCUGACGGUGGAAGAGCACCUGGAGCUGUACGCGGGCGUGCGGGCCAUCUCGUACAACUGUCGCAAGCGCGUGGUGGAGGGGCUACUGGCCUUGUGCGAGCUGACGAACUACAAGCAUACCCUGGCGCACGCGCUUUCCGGUGGGAACCGGCGCAAGCUGUCUGUGGCCAUAUCCCUCAUUGGAGGGCCGCGCGUGGUCUUCCUGGACGAGCCGUCUGCCGGCAUGGACCCUGUGGCGCGGCGCGGGAUGUGGACCGCAAUUGAGGCCGUUGCCGACAACAGCUCCGUUGUGCUGACGACACACCACCUGGAGGAGGUGGAGGCGCUUGCGCAUCGCGUGGCGAUCAUGGUGGACGGCACCCUGCGCUGCAUCGGCGACAAGACUCACCUGAAGAACAAGUUCGGCACCGGCUUUGAGGUGAAUGUGCGCAUCCGUUCUGAUGAGGAGGAGGUGAAAGAGGAUAUCCGAAGCUUCUUCAGAGAGAACUUCCCGGGAUCCUCGCUGCGCGAGUACCGUGCGCGCCGCCUCACCUUCGAGCUGCCCGCUGGCACGAAGCUGUCGAGGACAUUCAAGCUUAUGGAGGAGCACGCGUUGGCGCUGCAGGCGACGGACUACAGCGUGUCGCAGACGUCGAUCGAGCAGGUCUUCAUGCAGAUCAGCGAGGAGGCAGAGCGGCAGCGCGAGGCUGAGGAGGUGGAACAGCUUUCCCGGGCGACGAAGGGCUGCUGCACGUGCUGCUGCUAG